AUGAUCAUCAAUACCGAAGGAGACUGGAAGUCAACGGUCAAGGCACCGCCCAAGGACUUGCGCAUGAAGACCAAGGAUGUCACCUCGACAAAGGGACUGGAAUUCGAGGAUUUUCAACUGAAACGCGAGCUGCUCAUGGGUAUCUUCGAGAAAGGCUGGGAGCAGCCGAGCCCCAUUCAAGAGGCCUCAAUCGGAUUGGCGCUGAAAGGGCAUGAUGUGCUUGCUCGUGCGAAGAAUGGUACCGGGAAGACGGGCGCUUUCGCGAUUCCGCUCAUCCAGAAGCUGGACGUGAACAAGCACAUCAACGUGAAGGUCAUGGUCACCACGGGCGGCACCGAUCUACGUGAAGACUUGAUGAGGCUGAGCGGUGUGGUCCACCUCAUCGUCGCUACGCCCGGUCGCAUCCUAGACUUGACCGAGAAGGAAGCAGCUGAUCUGUCCGAAUGCAAGACUGUCGUCUUGGACGAAGCAGAUAAGCUGCUCUCGCAAGACUUCCAGGGCGUGCUGGACCGCCUUUUCAAGUACCUUCCCAAGAAGGAGGAUCGCCAGACCAUGCUUUUUUCGGCCACCUUCCCCAACAUCGUGGAAUCCUUCAUGCAGAAGCAUAUGACCAACCCGUACGAGGUCAACUUGAUGGAGGAGCUGACGCUUCAUGGCAUCACGCAGUACUACGCCUACGUCCGCGAAGGGCAAAAGCUGCACUGCCUCAAUACCCUAUUCAAGAAGGAUCCGCGAUAUAAAACGGCGCUAUGGAAGGACGAGGACAAGAAAUUCGCCUACGUCUAUAUGGAUAAGAAGUUCACGUUUGAAUGGCCGAAAAUGUUCGAAAUCGACGACGAGAUGAGCCAAAUUGAGAAAUACAAGAGCCAGAUAGACAAACUACAGCAGAACGCUCGAUUUGUGAACCGGGAUCGGGCGAAUCUCUUCUCGCAUAUGGAAUUGAUCUUUCCACAACUGCUAAACUCGCUGUCGGAUACCAGCGAUGAAGUGUUGCUGCUUGAUCUACACUUGAUAUCCGAUCUUUGCGCUCACAAACAAGAUUCCGCAACAGAACUCGGCAGCCUCGAUCCGAAGACCAAAGAGCAGCUAGCAAACCACUCGAGUCUACUCGUCAAGUUCGCUAUUUCGCUGAUUGCCAUGUUUCGUGCCGACCGCCAAUUGUUGAGCGAUAGGGGUGUACUAAUUAUAAGACAAUUGUGCUUGUUGAUCGAGCCGACUCACAUCUACAGAUGCCUCUGUGUGUUACUCAUGGCCGAAUCGGGCGUAGCGUUUGUACAAAGUGUGGUGUCGGUGCUUCAUUCUGUUCUAAUGACGUCUACGGAGCUGUUUUUGAUGCGCGAUCAAUUGCGGAAAAUGCCGGAUGAGUACACUCAUGCCGCAGAGCUCGUGCAUUAUUUGUCGGAGGUAGACAUCACCGUCGAUAUUUUGAUGGAAGUUGAUAAGCUUGUCAAUUUGAUCGAGAGCCCGAUAUUGGCUUUCGUUCGUAUGGAUCUACUACGAGCCUGUCAUCGGGAGCCUCUCUGCGAUGUGCUAACAGCUUUGUUGAUGUUACUUCCCCAGACGGAGGCCUUCAAUACCCUACACAAGCGCAUCCAAGCCAUUCCCUCGUUUAGUACUUUCAAGAAAGACGCUCCACCAGCCGACAAAUUCAACCUGAACUUGUCUGCUUUGAAGAAUCUCUACAUUGAUUCACUGCAGAAGCAACAAAAAGAGGUCCGUGAGCGUCAUCGCUCCCUGCUCAUCAGGAGCGCUCUAGGCGAAAAAGUCCAGCUG